AUGGCUGUCAGCGGCUGCGCUAACUGUCUGAGAGUUCUGACUAUAAUAUUUAAUUUUGUCGUCUUUGUAAGUUACUUUACCCCUCAUUACGUUCUGCUAACGCAUAAGGGUGACUUAUUUAUGCCUGCUCUCUAAGCGCUUAUCCGCUCUGAAAAUUCCGAGCAUACGUUUUCCUUGAACUCCAAGAGCCUAGACAUCAGAAAAGCCUUUUACUAACCAACUUUACUUGUGCCCCUAGUUAUGCGGCAUCCUUCUUGUGGCGUUUGCCAGCUACGUUCUACAUCAAUUCAAUACAGUCUUCUACGGUCUGAAGGCGCAAGAAUAUGGAGUCGUAAUCGGUUUGCUCGUGUUGGGGCUCCUGAUUUUCUUCCUUGGGUUCUUGGGUUGCUGCGGCGCUUGGAAGGAAAGUAUCUGCAUGCUUACUACGGUAUUAACUCUGUUGACUAAUGACCGACAUUCAGUUUGCGACCAUCAUUGGCAUUCUCCUAGUCGUCCAAGUGAUCGUCGCCAUUGUGGGUUUCGUCUACAAGGAUGAGGUUAGUCUCCGUCUAUCUCAUUCCUUGCCCAGAUUCCAAAGAUCGCGAAGGAAUACUUGGAUAGAGCCCUUGAGGAAGCGAAGUCACAGGGCGGCUCGCCGAUAAUGCAGGAAAUUGAGCGGACUGUGAGUCUAUAAGUGUCUUAACUACUGUUUAGUUCCACUGUUGCGGUGUUUCAGGGCCAUUAGACUAUGGUGCCAAGCUACCAGAAAGCUGCGGGACAUCCUCAGUGGUAGGUUUAAUUUCAAUACUGUUUUCUCUUUUUAACAAUACCCAUGCUAACUAUUUGUUAUACGCUAGGGAUGCGCCCAACUGGCUGAGGACUACAUUAGGGGGCAUUCAACGACGCUCUUCAUUGUCGCCAUCGUCGUUGCCCUUCUUCAGCUGGCUGCCGUCAUUGUUGCAUGUUGUCUGCAGUCAAAUAUCCGCAAGUACCAGACCGUCUAA